UUGCUGCCUGAGAACGUCUCACACUCCCCUUUGACCUCCAAGUUCUUUCCAUUCACACUACUGUUGUAUCUGUAUGACCCCUCUUCGUGAGGGUAGGCCUGCAAGCACGACUCACCGGAGUUAACAACCUUCCACCCGCCUAUUCAACGCAACGCAUUCGACGUAGAAACGAUGUCUUUCCAGGGCCAUGUCGGCACACCCAUCGAAGAGUGGCACAAUCUCAUGAAUUGGGACGAGGAUUGCUUUACCGAUAGUCCUUCCACAACACGAGGGAGCGGUAGUCACAGUUAUCUGGCUCCAGAAGCUUCUGGUUUCCAGUCCCCAUACGUGACAUCGGCACCUCCCUCAAAUUACGGCGGACCCUCAUCGUUCGACUGUAACAUCUCAGCACCGCCGUCUCUCACCGGAGAUUCGUCUUCGUACAAUCAAUUCUACGGCACCUCGCCCAGCUUCUCCUCCACUGCGACAUCACCACUGGUAGCGCGAGACGAGCUUCGAUACUUUGGAUCCUUUGAUGCUUGCGACAACUUCUUUCCUCCUCUGGGAGGGGUCCCGGAGUCGCCUUUGUUGGAUACCACCCGUGAGGUUAUCAUGGAUUCAACUAGUUCUUUGGCAACAACAGCUGGCAACUUCCUCAAUCCGCAUGUAGCUGGUUCAUUGCAGACGUUCAGCAGUCGUGACGUCGUUGCAUCACAGAUUCUUGCCAGCACUGGUACACAAUUCGAACCUUUCUCCGCAGAAGAUUCGAUCGCCGAAGGUGAUGAAUACGAUACAUCGCCAUCGACAGUGCCCAUCCCAAUCAUACGGACCCAAGCCCAGAGCUCGAGUAGCUCAUAUAACUCUUACGAGCAGUACAUGAGCGUUCAAGACAACAGGACUAGAGCGAUUACCAUUCCACAACCACAUGGUAGACCACGCCAUAGCGCGAAAUCAUAUCAAUCUCGAUGGACUUCUAACGCGCCUCCUGUGUUGUCAACAUCUCCAAUUCCUCAACGCCGUCCUCGAAGCAGCACUCUAUCGAGAAGCAGCUCUCGUGCCGAACAACACAAAGGCAGAACCACUCCUUCCCCUACGUCUGCACACUCCUUAGGCUGGGUCCCCAUGCAGAUGGAUAACCAAUCGGGCCGUAUGGCAGCCGCUGCAUCCUCGGAUAGCGCACAGGGACGGAUGUCCAAGGGACGCAAGAGAGGGCUAGACCCGAGGCAACGAACUGAAGCAGCCCUGAUGCGAAUCAUCGGUUCUUGCUCCAACUGCAAGAAACGGAAGGAGAAGUGCGACCCUGGAACACCCUGCAAGUCUUGUCUCAAGCACUACAAAGGUGAUCUGAUCAACAAUCCUUGCCGGAACCAUCUACUUGCCGAUCUUUCCAAGGCUUUCUUGUCUGAUCGCCAUGGUUGGCAUCCGACGGCUCGUACGCUCGAAUCGUGCACCGCCCCGACUGGCCACAGUAUCUUGACAGAGAUCACGUACACGAUCCCGCUUUACUUUGGUUUUGGGCAGCCGAUGAGUGUCAGUGUCCACCCAGUCGAGCUUGAUAGUGCUCACCCCCUGGUGCACAGUCACCUUGUCUACAGCUGGCCGCCUCAGUCUUCCACCGCUUCUACUCAAACACAGGCUGUCCUUCCUGCGAUUCUGACUGCGAAUGCCGUUGUGAAUCUAAAGAAAGACCUCGAUGCGCACCUCACACAACUUGUCAUGACAGAAUUCUCCGCAUUUCCAUUGUAUUGCUCGCAAUUGCGAACUCUACGGAGCGUUUACAUCUUCUUCCGAUCACUGCGAGCAGAUUCGAAGCAAACACACACCCUUCUGCAGGCACUCAAGCUUUUGGUGCUGGUCCAUAUUGGCGGCGACAUCACCUUGCCACCACGAACGGAGAAUCGUUUUCUGGCUCGUCUGAUACACGACACUAUGAACGUUGCCAGCGACCUACAGCCCACACCCUGCUUUAUUCGUUCCCAGUUUGGUGCUAUGAUGCCCGAUCUCGCGAACGAUCUUAUGAGAGAUGUCCUCUCGUCACUGGAAGUACUGCUACUUGGACGCAAUGAAGACGAUUGGCCGACGACGUUGGCAAUUCUCAUUGUCGUCCUCAUGACGGUCGAGUCGAUCCAUUACCACUCUGCGAAACGGCCAUACCACGAAGCUUACGAUCAACUGGACUCUGUGACUAGCAGCAGUGAUACUGAGGUGAAUGAUCAGGCUGUCGACAAACUGCUCAAAUUUUAUGGCGCGUGCUUCUCGGCUUGUCACACUCGGUUACGACCUGACUGGGAGGGCGAACUAGACAAGGCUGCAGGGCGAGCAUCUGCAUCUCAUACUUUCAUCAAGAGCAUGCGCGACGCUGUCGGUAAAACGAGUCCUGGGGGCUACUUGGUGAAGAAGGCUUACCAGAAGAGGACUGAUGACGAAGACAUGGGGUUCUUCUUUGACAGACUGGUCGCUCGGUUACUUCUCCUUGAGCUUCAGUCUUGACCAGCCCGUAUGUUCUGACCACUGGCGGUGGUAUGAUCACAACUUUACGGUCUACGAUAUUACGACUGUCACGGCCUUUUUUUUGGUUGCAUUGGCGUUAGGAGGCUGUCUAAUACCUAUUUCGUUCCUUUAGACCCUUUACGAAGUACCGAUGG